CAGAAAGCGAAACAGCUGUCUGAGGAGACUCAGUGCAGUGCAGCCAGAACCGGAACAGCACACCCUGAUUUCUACGCGCAAUCUUAGUGUCAGAAGAGGCAAGUAUAACUUUACAACAUGCCAUCCAAAAACUGGUACAGACUCACAUCAUUGUUCCCGUUCCACCUCAUCAGCUAAACAAGGGGUACUAUUACAACUUGUUUGUAGUACCAAAACCGGACGGUUCAGUAAGACCAAUUUUGAACCUUAAGUCGUUGAACCUGUGCUUACGAGUGUUCAAAUUCAACAUAGAGUCUCUGAGAUUGGUGAUCACAGGUCUGGAGGAGGGGGAAUUACUAAGUCUCUGGAUAUCAAGAAUGCAUACCUUCACAUUCCGAUCUGGCCUCAUCAGGCUUAUCUGUGGUUUGCACUGCAGGACUGUCACUACCAGUACCAGGCCCUGCCAUUUGGCCUCUCCAUGGCACCAAGGAUGUUCACCAAGGUGAAGGCAGAGAUGAUGCUUCUACUCCACAAACAGGGAGUGAACAUAAUUCCGUACCUGGACAAUCUACUAGAAGAGCCAUUUAUUUAAUUUAUUCCAUUCUAAAGCAAACGCUUCCCACUACCUGGACAAUCUCCUGAUAAAAGCACCGUCCAGGGAAAGGUUGCUGGACAGCAUUGCUCUGUCAACCAAACUUCUCCAGGAUCAUGGGUGAAUUCUGAUCCUUCCGAAUUCCCACCUAGAGCCAACACAGGCUCCCAUUCCUGGGAGUGAUACUGGAUACGGAGUCGCAGAAAGUGUUCUUUCCAUUGGAACAGGCAUUAUUAAUCCAGUCGAUGGCUUGGGAUGUCCUGAAGCCAACCUGGAUAUCAGUGCAUCUAUGCAUUCACCUUCUGAAAAAAAUGGUGGCCUCUUACAAAGAUCUUCAAUAUGGAAGGUUUCACACAAGACUCUUCCAACUCGAUCUGUUGGACAGGAUCACAUCUUCACAUGCACCAGAGGAUCCACCUGUCGCCAAAAGCCAGGAUCUCCCUUCUGUGGUGGCUACAGACUGCUCAACUCAUCGAGGGUCGGAGGUUCGGAAUUCAGAACUGGAUUCUGCUAACCACAGCUGCAAGCCUCAGAUGUUGGGGAGCAGUCACUCAAGGGGUGCAGUUUCAAGGAAGAUGGUCCAGUCAGGAAGUCGUCCUUCCAAUCAACAUUCUGGAAAACAGGGCCAUAAACAAUGCCCUUCUGCAGGACUCACAUCUUCUUCAAGAUCAGGCCAUUCAGGUCCAGUGGGACAAUGUGAUGGCAGUAACGUACAUAAACCGACAGGGCAGAACAAAAGGCAGAGUUGCAAUGUCAGAGGUGUCAAGAAUUCUCCUCUGGGCAGAGAGAAAUGCUGUGGUGUUGUCAGCUGUCUUCAUUCUGGGAGUAGACAAGUGGGAAGCAGACUUCCUCAGCAGAGACAACUUGCACCCGGGGGAGUGGGACCUUCAACUGGAGGUGUUCAGAUACUUGAACAGUUGAUGUGGAUAUCCACAGAUCGACAUGAUGGCCUUUUGUCUCAACAAGAAGCUCAGGUGGUAUUGUUCCAGGUCGAGAGACCCACAGUCGGUGGCGGUAGAUGCCCUGAUGACUCCAUGGGUCUAUCAGAUGGUGUACAUGUUUCCUCCACUUCCUCAGAUCCCAAGAAUUCUAAAGAGAAUAAAAAGGGAAAAGAUUCAAGCAAUUCUAAUUGUUCCAGACUGGACAAGUAGGGCCUGGUACACGGACCUUCUGGAGAUGCUCCUCAAAGAUCCGUGGCCUCUUCCUCUUUGCGAGGAUCUUCUGCAAAAGGGCCCGUUCGUCUAUCAGGACUUACCACAGCUAUGUUAGAUGGCAUGGAAGUUGAACGGCUGAUUCAAGCCAGGAGAGGGUCACU